GUUUUUCGGGGCUCGUGCAGCUACCCUAGAUAGAGUAGACAGCCAUGGCAGGUCCAAGGUUUAAGCUUGACCUGGUCACCUAUGGCGACCCGGUAGCGCUGCUGCCGCUGCCGGUGGCGGUGGCGCCCACCCAAGCCAGCUUGCUGCCCUCGGGCAGCGAGGCGCUGGACGCUCAGCUUGCACGGGACCCGCAAGUCCUGCAGCAGCUUCAAGCAGCACUGACAUCGACGGAUAUCUCCUACGUACACCCCAUCAACACGGAUGUAGCUACGACCCAUAACCCUUCCAGCCUGUUGGCUCGGCAGCUUUUCGCCUCCAACUCUAACCUCUUCUUAUAUGGCAUCGCCGCCGACCCAGAAGCCAGUGCGCUCGCGGCGACGCCAGGGCGCUCUGGUACGGGUGUAGUUGUGGCGCACAACAGCCAACCCGAUGCAUCUGUGCGUAAGGAGGCGGCACCGGCGUCGGCACAUACUGGCAAGAAGCGGGCGCGCAGGGCGCCUAAGCAGGAGGUGUACGUGAUGACUCGGGACGAGGCACAGGUCGCGGCAGCCAAGCUCAGCGCCUUCCUGGAGUCCUUGCUGGCCACAGCGGCGCGCGCCGCCGAGGCCGCGGGUCCUGACAGUGACGCAGACAACUCGGAACAGGAGGACGAUGUGGCGGUGCCGGGGCGGGCGGACCAGGACGGUUGUAGCGGGCGACCUCGUGGCCGGCCGGCGCAUCGCUUCCGCGCUGAGGCUCUGCGCGGGCUGCACCAGGAGCUGCUAGCGGCCCAGAGCCAUGGCUACCUGCGGCUGAUGGGCACCCCGCGGCUGAAGCAGCUGCUGCUGGCACUGAAUGAGACGGCCGGGUCGGGCGUAAGCCGCGUGCUGGCGGAGGACGAUGAGCCCAAGUCUGCACCUGUGGCCCGCGUUGCCGCCUGCCUGGAGGCUGUCCUAUGUGAGCUGGUGGUGCUGGCCACGCCCGGCCUGCCCACCGAGCUGUACCUGGAGCAGCUGCUGGAGCGGGCGGUGGACGCGGCGCGGCACCACCUGCAGGUCAACGUGCUGGCGGUGCACGACGUGCGCUUCAAGCGGCUGUACCGCGCGGCGCUCAUGGACGAGGGCGAUGAACCGGCAGCUAAGGUCACCAAGGCGCGAGGGAGACCGCGUGCGGCAGCCGGCCACCACGCCCCUCGCUGGUGCGCGCCGCUGCUGGGCCAGCUGGAGCAGGUGCUGGCCCUGCUGUCGGAGGUGGUGGGGCUGGUGCGGGUGGGCGUGUCGGGCCUCAUCCCGCUAGUGCGCAUGUCGCAACAGGCGCUCACCGUGGAGUCACUCAGCACGCUGCACUACCGCGCGCUAGGCCUGGCUGUGUCCAUGUUCAAGUUCUACCCGCAGCACCGCAACACGGUGAUGGACGAGUUUGUGCAGAGCGUGCUCACGCACCUCAGCCCGGGCAAGCACUUUCCACGCCACUUCCCGCUACCGUCUGCGGACGCGCCCACCAGCAUUCAGAUGACGAGCGCAAUGGUGAUGCAGCUGGUGCAAGUGGUGGCGGAGCUGCCGGCGGUGGACGCAGGCAGCCAGGCCGCCGAGAUGUGCGUCAAUACCUCCAUUGGCUGGUCCGACUACUUCUGGUCAGAGGUCUUCAAGAAGCUGCCGACGGCGCGCGCCGCCAAGGCCGAGGCCGCCACCGACCUGCGCGCCUGGGUGGAGGCGCUGGUGGACGACUUGCUGGCCGCCGUGCCGCUGCCUGAGUGGCCGGCGGCCUCGGUGCUGCUGCGGCGCCUGGUGCUGGCCAUACAGGGCGAGCGCGGCCUCAAGAGCGCGGAUGCCACCGCGAGACUAGUGUGCGUGGACCUGCUGGGGCAGCUGUCACAGCGGCUGUGCGGCCUGGCCAAGGAGGCGGAUGCGCCAGAGGCCACGCGGGCGGUGGCGGCGCUGCUGGAUGCGGCCAAGGCUACGGCGGCGGACCCCAAGGCGGCGGAGGCAGCGGACCGCGGCGAGCUGUUGCAGCAGCUGCUGCUGGAGCACCUGGCAGAGCACCACCCGGCCGCAGGAGCCAGCGCAGCGGCGGCCAGCACGGGCGCCCACACGGCCGCGGCGGGGGCUGGGGUGGCGGGCGCGGUGGCCGACGCCACCAGCGUGUCAGUCAGCGCGCGGCAAAUGAUUGCCUGCCUCAUGCUGUCCGCCCACACCAAGGCGGCCAAGGCAGGGCUGCCCAAGGGGCGCGAGCUGGGCGCCAAGCAGUCCAGCGAGGCCAUCCUGCGCUACCGGCAGGUCUGCGAGCGGCAGCGCUCAUGUCUGGGCGCCUCCACGUCAGGUCUGCCGGCUGUGUCACGGGAGGCCGCCACGCUGCUGGGCCGGGCGCUGCUGGCGGACUCGAUGCUGGGCCGUGCCCGCCCCACGCUGCUGCGCUGGCUGGCGGACGCGGGCGGCGGCGGCAAGGCGCGGCAGGAGGUUCAGGCGGCGGCAGUGCGCGCCAAGGCCAUCAAGCUGCUGGGCGGCGCCAUAGAGGCGGAUGUGCGCGUCCUGCAGAUGCAGGAGGUGCAGGAGGGCAUUCGAGGUGCGCUCGGGGAUGACAGCGUCCUAGUGCGCGAGGCGGCGGUGGACCUGAUCGGCAAGCAUAUUAGCCGCAGUGCCGAGCUGGCGGCGCAGUACUACGAGAUCCUCACGCGCGCCUCGGAGGACCCCGGCCUCACCGUGCGCAAACGCGCCAUCCGGUUGCUGUGGGAGUGCUGUGUGCGCUGCCCGGACUUUGUGCACCGGAGCGAUGCGCUACUGCGAAUUGUGUCGCGGGCGACGGACUCGGAGGAGACCAUGCGCGCGCUAGUCACAAAGAUCUGCUCCGAGAUCUGGUUCCUGCCCAAGUUCACGAUAGAGUAUGAAGACGAGGUGUCACAUGUGGCGCGGCGGCCCGAGCAGCGCGCCGCGCAGCUAGGAGAGGUGGUGGCGGCGGUGUACGCCAAGAGCGCCUUCGUCAGCCUGCCCUUCCACCCAGGCGUGCCGGUGGUGGCCACUGUGCGCGGCAUCCUGGGCGAGGACGGCAAGGCGGACAGCGAGGCGGUGCGGGCAGGGGCGCGCGAGGUGGCGGACGCGCUGCUGUCUCGCGCGCUGGAGCUGCAGGGCGCGGCGGACGAGCCGCCGCAGCCCGAGGCUGCCGACGCGGCGGCUGGCUCCCUGUCGCCCUCUGAUGAGCUCUUCCGCUGCCUGCUGGCCCUGCACGUGUUGUGCCUUGCGGACGUGAAGCUGCUGCACAAGGCCUCCGACCCACAACGGGCGGUGCGCUGCCUGGCACCCUACAUCAAGGAACUGCCGGGCCGCGUUGAGGACGCCUCCUCCCGGCGCAAGGCCGAGCAGCUGGUGGUGGUGCUGGCCAUCCUGGGCAGCUGCCUCGCGCCGCUGCGGCACCUGGAGGAGGCGUUGGCGACCGAGCUGGCGGCGGACCUGGUCAGCAUCAUCACGCGCGUGCACCAUGUGCAGGCCGUGAGUGUGGCGGGGCAGUGCCUGUGCACUCUGGCGCGCAUCCUGCCGGCGCACAAGGCGGGUGUGCGGGAGCAGGCGGCUCAGUACUUCCUGCUGCUUGAGGGAGACUACCUCAAGAAGGUCGCCAACGACCCCAAGCUCACGGUGGAGCGGUUCCGCAUGUACCCGCGCUUCCUGUACAUCCUAGGCAUGCUGUGCCGCUACGGCGCCGACGUGCUGGACGAGCCGGCCGAGGGCUCCAAGCACCCCAGCUGCAGCGCCGCGCUGGGCCUUCUGCUCAAGUACUACAACAUGUACGCCGACAGCGUGCGCAUACAGGAGACGGUACUGCAGGCCAUGGGCUUCAUCUUCAUCGCGCGGCCUGCGCUGGCGGUGGACGUGCGCGAGGUGCAGCCCAUCCUGGCCGGCGCGCUGGAGCCCCGCGCGCCCGCCUCGCUCAAGUGCCGCUGCCUGACCUCGCUCACAGAGCUGCUGCGGGUGGAGGAGGACGCCAUGCUGGCCCGCCAAGCGGCGGCGCGGCGCGAGGCGGCGGCGGCGCACACGGCGUCCACCAUGCCGGAGGCCGAGACGCGCGCACUGGCGCGGCGCAACGGCGAGGGCGACACGGGGUCCGUCACCAGCGGCCUGAUCCAGAUGCUGUGGGAGCGCAUCCGGGCGCUCGCCACGGACGUGACGCCCGCAGCGUCGGCCGCGGCGGCCAGCGGUCAGACGCCGCCGUCCACGCCUAGUGGCAGUGCCGUGUCGGCAGCCGGCGCAGCUGUUCGGCGGCGCGCUCUGGAGCUUAUGGAGGUGGUCAUCCGUGGCGGCAUCGUGGUGCCCUGGGAGGCGGUGUCGGCGCUGACUGCGCUGGCCACCGACCCCGAGCGCGACACCGCUGGUCGCGCGCUGACCUGCCUGCGGGGCGUGGUGGCGGCCAACACCGCUUUCGUGGCGGGCCAGGUGCCGCAGGGCGUGGCGGAGGCGUACGCCUUCCACUGCCGGCUUGCGGCGCUGGAGCGGCCCGGCCAGCCGCCGGCGCUAGACCAGAGCCGGCCGCUGAUGGAGGGGCUGGGGCUGGUGUGGAGCCAUGUGUUCCAGCCCGACCGCCAGCUCAAGAGCAAGUUCCUCAACGCGCUGCUCAAGCCCAUGGAUGACGCCUGCUGCCUGGCCAGUGGCACAGCGGCGCGGUCGGACCCGCACCUGCUGUCCUUCCUGGCCUACGUGGUGGCGGAGCUGCCCUACACGCGCAUGGACGAGCUGCUGGCGGUGCUGCUGCGACUCAACGACAUCCUCAGCCGCCGAGCGGAGGGCGUGCUGGGCCGCUUCCAGGAGCUGCGGCGGCUGGCGGACGCGCGGCAGUUGCAGGAUGCUGACGCGGCGGGGCCCUCCACGUCGACCGCGGGAACAGCCAGGCCGGAUCCGACCGGGACGCCGCCGCCGGCUGGGUCGGCAGCCGCUGGCGCGCGCCUGACGCUGGGCGGUGCUCAGGGCCUGUUGGCGACUGUGAAGGCAGCUCUGGGCGUGUCGCUGAUGUUGCUGCUGAAGCAGUACCUCCGCAUGGCCUACGAUGUGGCCACAGAGCGUGUGGCCAAGUACGACCCGUCCGGCCCUCAGCGCAAGGUGGAGGAGAAGCUGAACGCGGUGCACAGCGGCAAGCACCGCUUCAACGCCGCCAAGCUGCGGCUGGACGUGGCCGCGCAGCUGGCGGCAGCCGCCAGCAACCGCCACGGGGCGCUGGGCGCCAGCGGCUCGGCAGUGAAGGCGGCGGCCAGCGUCCCGCGCAGCGCCGCCAAGAGCGGCCAGGGGCAGGGCGGGCCAGAGGGCGCGGCAUCGGCGCCAGUGCUGUCCGCUGCAGAGGCGGCGGCCGCUGAGGCUGCAGUGGUGUCGGGUCUCCGGCCCGGGCUGGACGAGCUGUACAAGGUGCUCAAGACGCUCAUGAAGCAGGACGAGGCGGACUACAGGCAACGCAUGGCCGAGGCCGAUGCGGCGGCGCUGGGUGAGGGCGUUCCGGACGAUGCCUCCCCGGGGGAAGGCGGCGGCGGGGCUGCGGGCGGCAUGGACGUGGCAGCCAUGAUGGCAGCACCCAGCGCCGAGGGCAGUGCCAAGCCACCAUCGGCAGCAAGGGGCCGUGGGCGGGGGCGCGGCUCACGCGGUGGCAGAGCUGGCAGUGCUGCGACGUCAGCUGGCGGCGGCGAAGUCGCCUCCCGGGGGCGAGGACGCGGGAGAGGGCGCGGCCGCGGCCAGCCGGCCUCCGGCGGGCGGGGCGGGCGCAAGCGGAAGAGUUCUGCACGUGACGGCAGCGAUGUGGACAGCGACGGGGAGGAGGACGGCGGCAGCGGCGAGGACGCGGCCGACACGUACCGGCCGCAGCCCAGGAGGCGGCUGGAGGCGGCUCUGUGAGGAGGAACUGGGCGGCAAUGCUGCCGGUGCGCUGGGGCCUGCGGUAGACAUUAUAUCUGCAGUGGCGCGUGUUAGGCUUUGGGUAGUGCGGGGCCUGGCAUUCUGACAAUGAACCGCGUUGCGGUACGCGCGCACGCCUUGGUGUAGGCAUACGUGAACGCUUCGCUUUCAAGCUAAACAUGAGCCUUCGGACAAAACAAAUGACACUCGCACGCACGCACAAAACAGGGGUGUUCCUGCGGUCGCCCCUCCCCUGAAUCGAUAAGAGGCGUGUUGGAUGAGUUUGCAAGCGCAGAUGUGGCGUGGCGGUGGUCGGAGCAGCCAUACGGUAGCGGAGGGGAGGUGUUCGUGGCGAGGGAGAUCGUAAUGCGCAAUCUUUGCCGAUCCUACACCAAGCGCUGUGUGACCGCGUGCGUGUUUGUAUGUUACCAACACCGACCGUGUUGUAUUCUUGUCCUGCCAAGUGGUGGAAAUGAGGGCUUCGCGGUCU